UUCUUGGCAAUUUGGCGUUGACUUGUAAUUCAGUAUGGCCGUAAAAUCCUAUCAAUGAAUCAAAAAGACUUGCAACAAUGGCGACUAACAAAUCCAAUCCUCUCCCCAUUUUCCUUCUCCCCUUCUCCCUCUCACCGCAAUGAACAACGGCACGGCCGAAACCGGCGGAUUUCUCUCCUCUUCCAACAUCGGCGGUUUCGGCUACGGAAUUGGCGUCUCCUUAGGCCUUUUGAUUCUCAUCACUACCAUCCUCUUGGCUUCCUAUUACUGUACCAGAAACGGCCUAUCCUCCUCCGUCGUUCAGAGGACUCCUCCCAAUCGCUCCCCGCCCCAAGCGGUGGGGGAAAUGGAUUCCGUCGUUGUCGACAUCGGACUCGAUCAGGAGACGAUAACGAGUUAUCCCAAAUUACUGUAUUCUGAAGCGAAACUUCAGAAGAACGAUUCGACUGCUUCUUGUUGUUCAAUCUGUUUGGCUGAUUAUAAGAACUCGGAUGUUCUUCGGCUUUUGCCUGAUUGCGGUCAUCUCUUUCAUCUCAAGUGCGUCGAUCCGUGGCUUAGACUUCAUCCCACUUGUCCGGUUUGCCGGACGUCGCCGAUUCCUACGCCGUUGUCGACUCCUCUAGCGGAGCAAGUUCCAUUAGCAAGCCGGCGCGAUUGAAGAAGAAGAAGACUAUCUGGGUUAAUCGAAAAUGGAGGUCGUUUUUGCCAUUUUUUGUUUUGUUUUGUUUUAGAGAUUGAUUUCAUUGCGAUCGAUCUCCAUAGUUAGAAGUUCUCACAAUCAAUCUCCUUCAAGGUUAACAAUUUUUUUUAGUUAAUUCAAUUAUAUACUCAUUUUGGUAUUACUUUGUUCUAUCGAAAAAAUUAUAGUACGGUAGUUAGAUUAA